AUGCCGAAGACGACACGUGAGUUCCGGGACUACGUACGGGACUUCACCCGGGGAAAGCCGAUGUACCAGAUAGUUAAAGGUGGCAACUCCACCAACUACAUCACCGUCAGGAUGGCGACUCCCGUUCCUGUGACUCAACCGGCUCCCGGAUACAUCCAACCCAACUCGCCAGGUUACCAGAACGUGCAACCGGGGCUUCACCGACAGAGCCCUCCGGCGACACCACCCCCUCAAGCCCGUGGUCAGAUCGAACAGACUUGGGCGGCAAUGGCGGCGAUGAACCUGAAUGGAGCCCCAACAGGGAUCAUGGUCACGCCGCCAGCCUAUGGAAAUAGCGGCCAACCGAGUCAGCCUCGGAGCCCCGGCUACGGCCAACCACAGAGCCAGGGUUACUCCGGCUAUGGCCAGCCCCAUCAGGGCUACAGCCAGCCUCGGAGCCCCGGCUAUGGCCAGCCCCAACAGGGCUAUGGCCAGAACUCCGGCUUCGGCCAACCUCAGAACCAGGGGUACGGCUUCGGAGGCGGAUAUGGACGCGGUGGAGAUUCACAAUAUGGUGGCUCCGGCGGAAGACGUGGCGGCGGGAAUCGCGGCCGCGGAAACUUCGGCAACCGCGCGGGUGGAGGCGGCCAGCCCCAGAAUGUGCAACGGCAGCCUCGGACACCACAGCAGGAGGCUCGCCAGCAGGCAACCUACGUCGAUCGGAUGGAAGCCAAGUUCUUUCAGUGGACCCAGGACGGAAUAUUUUCCUGCGGUCACUGCCUAUGGGGCAACCACAACCAAGCAGAGUUGUGGCUAUGCCAACCUCCGGCUGGAAGACAACCCAAACCGGAGAUGGUACCUGGACUGGAGGUACCGGUACGAUAA